AUGGGAGACUCCUCCUCCCCCGAUCAGCCGCAGGGCUCUCAUCACUCUCACUAUCGCCUACGUGUCACCGCCGGACCCUCCUACGAUUCCGCCACCCACAAAACCGUGCCUGUCAACAGCUCCGAGACCCUCACAUUCGAAACUCCGUCCAUCAUACUCUCUGUAUGUGUCCGCAUCCGGCAUUUUACAGGAUUCCCUCCCUCGUCACCCAUCACCGCCGAGAAAUACUUCUCCUCGGACCUCCAUAAAUCCGACCAAUACAGCAUAUCCUUCAGUUUCGUCCCCAAGCAAGACAUUCCUGGCGAAGAGCUGGUGUUUGGGAAUGAUUUUGACAGGCCUAUACGAGAUAGGUUGCCGCCAGGAUUCAAUCAGGCGUUUCGGAUUGUGAAAUGGUGGAUUGACCCGGGACUCGACGGGGAUGUUUACGCCGAUAGACCAUACUUGUACGGCCCAGCCCUGAGUAGCUGGAAUAUCCUCAGGAUAUGUGACGAGGUCAUUCCGAAGGACCAGCUGCCACCUCCGGCCCCCUUAUCGGACGAUGAAAACAACGAGGAAGACGAGCAGAAGUUCGAGGAAGACGAGCAGAAGUUCGAGGAAGACGAGCAGAAGUUCGAGGAAGACGAGCAGAAGUUCGAGGAAGACGAGCAGAAGUUCGAGGAAGACGAGCAGAAGUUCGAGGAAGACGAGAAACACGCGUGGAAGAUUCCUGAGGAGCAUGCCCGGAACUUCCACGAUGCCAUCGUCGAAGAAGGCGGCGAAGGUACCGGUCUCACGCUUCGCUCCGAGGCCAACAUCCCCGCCGACCCGCCCGGCCGCCAGAAGCACUUCCUCAACCGUUCCAACCUCUCCUCCUUCAUCUUCGAGCGUGGCCGCCUCUACCAGUCCGACUUCGGCAACCCGUACUUGGACUUCAACGACUUCUCGCUCAAGCUACCCGGCUUCACGCUGAACGUGAUCCAGUACGUCGACUCUAAGACGCACGAGCUGCGGUACACCCUGAAGAAUAAAAGGAGUGGGGAAGUCUAUGGGGUGGUAGUGUUUACGUUGCUGUUUGGUGAGGAGUUGCGGCAGGCGGCGAGAGAGUAUGGAUCUGACAAUCAAGAUAGAGUCGAAGGGGAUGAAGGACACGAUCACGAUAGAGAGCGUGAGGACAUACCUUCUGAUGAGGAUGACAUUGAUUGA